CCAACGCGAUCGCCGCCAAAUGCAGGAAAAGAUGCGAAUACUUCUGUAUGUACAGAAGGCUGCGUUGCACUUCAUUGAUGCAGCCAGCCAAUAUGAUCAGCCAAGCAUUGCAGAAGAGGUGAGGCAGGCCGGUUUCCAGAUUGACCCAGAAGAACUUGCUUCCAUUGUCCGUUCUCAUGAUUCCAAACGCUUGGAGUUGCAUGGAGGAGUGAGAGGUUUAGAACAAAAGUUAUCUCUCUCACUGGAAAAUGGUGUACCCUUGUGUGAGAUUGCGAAAAGGCAAAAACUUUUUGGGCUGAAUAAAUUUGUAGAGAAACCUUCCAGACCUUUCUGGAUGUUCCUGUGGGAUGCCCUUCAGGAUCUAACACUCAUCAUCCUCAUGGUUUGUGCCGUCGCCUCUAUAUCCAUUGGGAUUGCCACGGAAGGGUGGCCGAAGGGCGUUUACGAUGGGGUGGGGAUUCUCCUGUGCAUUCUCUUAGUGGUUUUGGUUACUGCCAUCAGUGACUACAGACAAUCACUGCAAUUCAAGGACUUGGAUCAAGAAAAGAAAAACAUCAAAAUUCACGUGACCCGGGACGGGAAAAGGGAAAAGGUUUCAAUCUUUGAUUUAGUUGUGGGGGAUAUCGUCCACCUGUCCAUUGGAGAUCAAGUCCCUGCAGACGGGCUGUUCAUAUCAGGCCACUGCAGCUUAUCAGUUGACGAAUCCAGCUUGUCGGGGGAAAGCGAACCGGUAAACAUUGAAGACAAAAACCCGUUUCUCCUCUCAGGGACCAAAGUGCAAGAUGGGUCGGGGAAAAUGGUUGUGACAGCUGUCGGAAUGAGAACCGAAUGGGGAAGGCUGAUGGUUACCUUGAGCGAAACCGGAGAAGAUGAGACUCCAUUGCAAGUUAAGCUAAAUGGAGUGGCCACGAUUAUAGGGAAGAUCGGGUUGGCUUUUGCUCUCUUGACAUUCUUGGUUCUCACAGGAAGGUACAUAUCAGUAAAGGCAAGUCAUGGUGAAAUCUCAAAAUGGUCAGGGAGGGAUGCAUUGAGUCUCAUGAACUUCUUCGCCAUCGCAGUGACUAUACUGGUUGUUGCUGUUCCAGAAGGAUUGCCAUUGGCAGUGACAUUAAGCUUAGCUUUUGCCAUGAAGAAACUGAUGAGCGACCGCGCACUUGUCAGACAUCUCUCCGCGUGUGAGACGAUGGGUUCUGUCACCUGCAUUUGCACAGACAAGACUGGAACAUUAACCACAAACCACAUGGUAGUGACUAAGCUGUGGGUAUCAGGAGAAACCAAGUCACUAAAUCAGAUUAGUGACCCAAAAAACACAAUGAAGUCUUUGUAUUCAGAAAAGGCUUUGACGAUCCUUCUGCAUUCCAUAUUUCACAACACGGGUGCAGAAGUGGUGAGGGACAAAAACGGAAAAAAUAACAUAAUUGGCUCUCCAACAGAGACAGCUCUGUUAGAGUUCGGUUUGACUCUUCAGGGAGAUUUCCAUUCGAAAAGCAAGGACACAAAGAUUGUGAAGGUCGAGCCUUUCAACUCAAUAAAAAAGAAAAUGUCUGUUCUUGUGGCACUUCCUGGGGGUAGUGGGCAUCGGGCAUUCUGUAAGGGUGCAUCGGAAAUCAUAUUAAAAAACUGCAAUAGAGUUCUUGACAAAGAUGGCCAGUCUGUGACUCUGUCCGAUGAACAAAGGAAUAAUAUAUCGAAUGUUAUAAACAUGUUUGCUUGUGAAGCUCUUAGAACGCUUUGUUUGGCUUUUCAAGACGUGGAAAGCGGUGAUAGUAUUCCGGAAAAUGAGUAUACUCUCGUAGCAGUUAUUGGAAUUAAGGAUCCAGUUAGGGAAGGUGUGAAAGAAUCUGUUCAGACUUGUUUGGCUGCUGGAAUUAAAGUGAGAAUGGUCACAGGUGAUAAUAUCAAUACUGCUAAGGCCAUAGCAAAAGAAUGUGGGAUACUGACUGAAGAUGGUGUAGCCAUUGAAGGUCCAGACUUUCGUGACAAAAGCCCUCAGGAAAUGAAGGAUAUAAUGCCAAAGUUGCAGGUGAUGGCUAGAUCUCUGCCAUUGGACAAACACAAAUUAGUAACUAUGUUGAGAAGGGAUUUCCAAGAAGUGGUGGCAGUGACAGGUGAUGGGACUAAUGAUGCUCCUGCUUUACAUGAAGCUGAUAUCGGAUUAGCCAUGGGCAUUGCUGGAACAGAGGUUGCCAAAGAAAAUGCUGAUGUUGUGAUAAUGGAUGAUAACUUCACAACUAUAUUGAAUGUGGCAAAAUGGGGCCGCUCUGUCUAUAUUAACAUACAAAAGUUUGUUCAGUUCCAGCUUACUGUAAAUGUCGUUGCUCUUACAACAAACUUUGUUUCCGCUUGUAUUUCAGGCUCAGCACCCCUUACUGCUGUUCAGCUCCUAUGGGUGAAUAUGAUAAUGGACACUCUUGGAGCUUUGGCACUAGCAACUGAACCUCCUAAUGAUGAACUUCUGAAACGGCCCCCCAUUGGAAGGACAGUCAAUUUCAUCACAAAGGUCAUGUGGAGGAAUAUUUCAGGUCAAAGCAUAUAUCAGCUAGCUAUCCUUGGUGUCCUCAAGUUCAAUGGAAAGCAUCUCCUAAACCUUGAAGAUGGUCCAGUUUCUUCUGCAACUCUUGACACCAUGAUUUUCAACACCUUUGUGUUCUGUCAGGUAUUCAAUGAAAUAAACAGCAGGGACAUGGAGAGGAUAAACAUUUUCAGAGGAAUGUUUAGCAGUGGGAUAUUCAUGGGGAUUAUAGUCUCGACAGUGGCAUUUCAGGUAAUAAUGGUGGAGUUCUUGGGGGCAGUUGCAGAUACAGUACCAUUGAGUUGGAAUCUAUGGUUAGCAAGCAUACUGAUGGGGGCUGCAAGCUUGAUUGUCGGAGCUCUCCUGAAAUGCAUCCCUGUUAUACUAACCAAAGACACUG